GCAGUGAAUUCACUAAAAGGAUAACUUGAUUUUUGCAAAAGAUUUAAUUUUUAAUAAUAAACUUGUAGAGAUGAUCUUGUUAAAAACUUUUAAAUAAAGCUAUUUCUCCUUAAAAAUGUGUGAAAAUAACCCUCGAAGUGAUUUUAUAAUAGUUAUAAUUUCAAUUUUACAUUUUUAUGAAUAAUCCCAUUUCUGGUCAUUUAAUUAUCUCAGGAUUGCUAAUGUUUAUUAUUCAAAGCUUUUUAGCAUGCUUAUCUUUCGUUCAGUUUUCAGUUUUCAAGUUAUUCUCCUUCAAUUACUUUAUUUCCUAUGUUCUGUGAAUUCUUCAGUCGCAUGGACCCUAAAUGAAAUAUGUAAUAAACGUUAUAGUGGCUCGCAGGUCGAGGAAAAUGUGUUUAAGCCCGUUAUGGCCAUUGAAGGAUCAACUGUGACAUUUAAAUGUCCAGAAGCUUGCAAAACAAGUGAUACACAACGAGAUGUCUGGCGAUUCACUCCAGCCUAUUCAGCUGUUGUCAAGUCGUUUGAUGUGAAUAAAGGAAGAUUCAGCCUGAACCGGUUUCUUGAACUGACAAUUUCGAAUGUUGCUAUAAGUGAUUCAGGAAUAUACCAUUGUUUCACUCUCAACCAUACUGAUAGCUAUGUGUUGACUGUCGUUCACAAGGAACCUACAAAUGUAAAAGUUGUAAUGAAAAGAGUCAAUGAUACAAGACCUGAAAGACUUCUGGGAAGGCGUAUGUCAGUUUACAACCAAAGACAAUCAUGGAGUGGUUGUAAUCGGUGCGGUAAAAUUGGUGUACGAUCUAGAUAUGAUUUCUGUACCAUUUUUGUAAUACAGAAGCCAUUAGAAGAAUUGCCAAUAUCGUAUUUAUUUCAAAAUGUGUCUCCUCAAUGUCGAUCAUUUAUUGUACCAAAGAGCCUUCAAAAGAUAGUGGCACACAGGAAGAGUGAUCUAUAUUAUUCUCUCUGUAAAUUAAGUUGUUCGGAAGCACAAACUGUGUUAAUUAAAGAUUCUAACGGCUCAGUAGUUGAUGUAGUUGACAGAAGCAAAGAUUUAUACUCUUUCCAUGAACCUUUAAAGAUCGAAACGAUAGAUCAAAAGGCUGUUGCUCGUACUGAAGGUCAAAGUAUAAUCAUGGCCUGUCCAGGGCGAACAGCGGAUCAAAGAGUUGUUUGGUUCAAUGGCUCUUAUCCUUUGAGUCCAAUUAAGGUUCAUAGGAAAACUGCUGGUCGAGUGAAAAUUGAUUUUGCUCAAAAGCUGCAUAUAAGGAAACUUCUGCCUCAGGACACUCAAAUUUACAGCUGUAAAGAGCACAACAAAGUUGUUGGUAUUGUCCAUUUAAUUGUUAUUUCGGAAAAAUUGUCACCCAUUCUCGCCAAAUUUUUUUCAUACUUAGGAGGCUACAUUAUUGUAACAUCAAUGAUUUUGAUUGCUAUUUCAAUUUAUAAAAAUCGCAAAUCUAAAUAAUGAAUUAAAGAAUUAUUAACCAAAA